AUGGCAAUCCUCGCCAACAGUUCACAGAUAUUCACAGUCUGGGGAUUUCAUUUACGGAGUGUAGUGACGGAGAAUUAUCAGCACAUCUUGGCUUUAGCUUUUGCUGUAAAGGAAAUGAAUGAAAACCACAGGAUCUUACCCAAUAUUACACUGGGAUUCAAUAUUUAUGACAGCUAUUUAACUUCCAAGUGGACCUAUCAUGCAGCAGUACGAUUUCUCUCCUCCAACAACAACCUGGUGCCCAACUACAAGUGUGGCAUCCAGGAUACCCUAUUGGCAGUUACUGAGGAUCUGAGCUCUGAACGUUCCCAUUGGAAACCCAAUAUUUUGGGCAUCUACAAGAUUCCACAGUUCAUGUAUGGCUCUGGAAUGGUGAUAAGAGAAAAGAACCAUCUGCUCCACUACUAUCAGAUGACUCCAAAUGUGCUUUAUCAGUACAGAGGGAUUAUGAGAGUUCUCCAGCAUUUCAAAUGGAAUUGGAUUGGAUUCUUUGUUGCCAAUGGAAUGCAUUUAGAGAGUGUCAUGAAUGUCAUCAUUCCAGAAUUUUCAAAAAAUGGAAUGGAAAAGCUGGAGAACCUUCCUGAGCACGUCUUUCCAAUGAGGAUCACAGGCCAGAGCUAUAGCAUCUACAAUGCUGUCCAUGCUGUGGCUCAUGCCUUACAUGCCAUCUAUUCCUCAAUCUCCAGACACAAGGCAAUGGGUGGAAGAGAGAGAAGGAAGCGCCUGAAUCAGCAGCUCUGGCAGAAGGAUAGGUUAGAUGAAUCUCGGCCUCUAAAGAAUGGUGUAGUGACUGAGAACUACCAGCAUAUCUUGGCUUUGAUAUUUGCUGUGAGAGAGAUCAAUGAAAAUGCCCGAAUGUUACCCAAUGUUACCCUGGGAAUCAAUAUUUAUGAUAGUCACCUGAAUAUAAAGUGGACUUACCAUGCAGCAAUGCAGUUGAUUUCUCCAAAUAGCAAGCUUUUGCCCAACUAUAAGUGCAUAACUCGGGACAAUCUUUUUGCAGUUAUUGAGGAAUUGGUCUCAGACAUCAUACAUCAAUUUCCAAUUCUUAUGAGUCUUUAUAAAAUUCCACAGCUCAUGUAUGGAUCUGCUAGAAUUGAAACAGGGGACAGCAAUCUCCCUUCCUUCUACCAAAUGGUUCCAAAUGGAAUUUAUCAGUAUAGAGGGAUCCUCCACUUACUUCUACAUUUCAACUGGAGGUGGAUUGGAUUCUUUGUUGCAAAUGGGAUGAAUUUUGACUGGUUCAUGCAGACCCUGGUUCCUGAAUUUACCAAAAAGGGCAUUUGCUUUGCCUUCAUAGAGUUAUUCACCAGUUCAUGUUAUGAUGCCAAUACAGGAUUUUAUUUUAAUUGUAUACUAGCAUUUUAUCAGAAAAUCAUGGAUAAUGAAGCCAGUGUCUUGGUUUUUAAUGGAGAUACAGGUUCCAUGAUCCUUUUGAGAUAUUUACUAAAGACAGAUAUUAAAGAAUUACUGGGAAACCCCAAAGGGAAGGUAUGGAUCCUGACUGUUGGGAUGGAGUUGAAGUUCUUUACCAGUAAAAAGAACUGGGAUUUGCAGGAGUUCCAUGGUGCCAUAUCAUUUGCAGUUCAUGCCAAAGAACUGAAAGGAUUCCAACAAUAUAUUCAGGACCGAAAGCCUUCCACUGUUAAAGACGACAUUUUUAUCAAGGAGUUUUGGACUCAUGCCUUUGGAUGUGCAUUUCAAGGUUCCAAUCUGGGAGAUGAGAAGGAGGACAUUUGCACUGGAGAGGAGAAGCUAGAGAGCCUUCCUGAGCAUAUUUUCCCAAAAAGAAUCACAGGCCACAGCUAUAGCAUCUACAAUGCUGUCUACGCUGUGGCUCAUGCUCUGCAGGCCAUGUAUUCAUCCGCAUCUGGAAGAAAGGUUGUAAUGAAAGAGGAAGGAAGGAAGCUUUAUAAUCAUGGGCCCUGGCUGUUAUUCCAUUUUAUGAAAUCUGUAUCAUUUAACAACAGUGCCAGUGAAAGGAUUUUCUUUGAUCAGAACAGGGAGCUAGUUCAAGAACUCGACAUCAUCAACUGGCUUAUCUUUCCAAACCAAUCGUUCACGGGAGUGAAAGUUGGAAAAAUGGAUCCUCAAUCUCCUCCUGAGGAAGCAUUCACCAUUAAUGAAGAUGCAAUGGUGUGGCACAGCUGGUUUAACCAGGCAUUGCCUCUUUCUGUCUGCAAUCCUCACUGCCAGCCUGGAUUCAGAAAAAAGAGGAAAGAAGGGAAACCCUUUUGCUGCUAUGAUUGUAUUCCCUGCCGCAAAGGAUCGAUAUCCCAGCACAAGGACAUGGCUGACUGUCUCAAAUGCCCUGAUGAUUCCUAUGCUAAUGAAGAUCGGAACACCUGCAUUCCCAAGAUUAUAAGCUUCUUGUCUUAUGAAGAACCUUUGGGUAUCAGUUUAGGCACUAGUGCUGUUUCAUUUUCACUGGCAACAGUUAUGAUACUCGGGAUCUUUCUGAAGCACCACAAUACUCCCAUAGUGAAAGCCAACAACCAAGGCCUUACCUACACCCUUCUCAUUUCACUCGUGCUGUGCUUCCUUUGUGCAUUGCUCUUCAUUGGCCAGCCAAAGAAGGCAACAUGCUUUCUCCAGCAAAUAGCCUUUGGCAUCAUCUUCACUUUGGCUGUUUCUUGUGUGCUGGCAAAAACCAUCACUGUGGUUCUCAUUUUUAUGGCCACCCAGCCAGGAUCCAGGCUCAAAAAUUGGGUAGGGAACAGCCUGGCUUGCUCUAUUGUUCUUUCUUGCUCUGUUCUUCAAGUAAGCAUCUCUCUGGUGUGGAUGGCAACUUCUCCUCCCUUCCCAGAUGCUGACCUGCAUUCAUUACCUGAAGCAAUUGUUCUGAAGUGUAAUGAGUCAUCACCAGUCCUGUUUUACGGUGUCCUGGGCUACAUGGGUUUCCUGGCCAUAGCCAGCUUCACUGUGGCGUUUUUGGCCCGCAAGUUGCCCAAUAGUUUUAAUGAAACCAAACUUAUCACCUUCAGCAUGUUGGUGUUUUGUAGUGUUUGGUUCACUUUUGUCCCUACUUACUUGAGUGCCCAAGGUAAGUAUAUAGUAGCCGUGGAGAUCUUCUGUAUCUUAACUUCCAGUGCUGGAUUGCUGGGUUGCCUCUUUUUCCCCAAAUGUUACAUUAUUUUGUUGCGACCUGAGCUGAACACGAAGCAGUUCUUAAGAAGGAAGCAGUAG